GGUCCGCCUCUUAAGGUUAAACUUCAAAGUCCGGGCUGCAGGUGGAUGAUCUUGGAGACAAUGAAGCUGAUGAGCAGAGACCUGCGACUGGACCGCGCGCUUUCGCUUGGAGUCCUGGCGCUGGUUCUCUGGAGCGUCCGUAGGGCCAGGGCCCUGGACAAUGGCCUGGCGGUGACCCCUACCAUGGGCUGGCUGCACUGGGAGCGCUUCUUGUGCAACGUUGACUGCCAGGAAGAGCCGGAUUCCUGUAUCAGUGAGCAACUCUUCAUGCAAAUGGCAGACCUCAUGGUAUCUGAUGGCUGGAAGGAUGCAGGUUACGAGUACCUCUGCAUUGAUGACUGUUGGAUGGCUCCCAAACGAGAUUCAAAAGGCAGACUUCAGGCUGAUCCUAAGCGCUUUCCUGGUGGGAUCCGUCGCCUGGCUAAUUAUGUCCAUAGCAAAGGACUGAAACUAGGGCUUUAUGGAGAUGUAGGAAACCACACCUGCGCAGGCUUCCCUGGGAGUUUUGGAUACUAUGACAUUGAUGCCAAGACCUUUGCUGACUGGGGAGUAGAUCUACUAAAAUUUGAUGGUUGUUACUGUGACAGUUUGAAACAUUUGGCAGAUGGUUAUAAAUACAUGUCCUUGGCCCUGAACAGGACUGGCAGAAGCAUUGUGUACUCCUGUGAGUGGCCACUUUAUAUGAUGCCCUUUCAGAAGCCCAAUUACACAGAAAUCCGACAGUACUGCAAUCACUGGAGAAAUUUUGGUGACAUUUUUGAUUCCUGGCAAAGUGUAAAGAGUAUCUUGGAAUGGACAUCUUCUAACCAGGAGAACAUUGUUGAUGUUGCUGGACCAGGGGGCUGGAAUGACCCAGAUAUGUUAGUGAUUGGCAACUUUGGCCUCAGCUGGGACCAGCAGGUAACUCAGAUGGCCCUCUGGGCUAUCAUGGCAGCUCCAUUACUCAUGUCGAAUGACCUCCGACACAUCAGCCCUCAAGCCAAAGCUCUUCUCCAAGAUAAGGAUGUAAUUGUAAUCAACCAGGACCCCUUGGGCAAGCAGGGGUAUCGGCUUAGAAAGGAAGACAACUUUGAGGUGUGGGAGAGACCUCUCUCAGGCUUAGCCUGGGCUGUGGCUAUGGUAAACCUACAGGAGAUUGGUGGACCUCGUUCUCACUCCAUCUCAAUUGCUUCCCUGGGUCGAGGAGUGGCCUGCAAUCCUGCCUGCCUAAUCACCCAGCUCCUCCCUGUAAAAAGAGAACUUGGGUUCUAUGACUGGACUUCAAUCUUAAAAACUCGAGUAAAUCCCACAGGCACUGUUUUAUUUCGACUAGAAGAAACAAGCCAGACUAUUUUCAAAAAACUUCCUCUGCAGGAUGCUGAUACAUUAUGACCUAGGAUACAAGGCAAGCAUGUGUAACUUUGCCCAGAAGCCCCGCCCCCCCCACCCCUUUAUCAUCAUGGAGUCCCAUAAGGCAGUGAUCUUCAAACUUGGGUGUGUGGGCAUGGCUAAUUUUAAGAGAAUUUGUUAAUUCCUUACUUUUCCUAAAACUGCCUGAGAACAAACUUAUACUCAAGGCUUCAAGCAUGUGCCAUCACCACUUCCCCUUUUAUAAUUACCCUUUUCCCCCACAAGCAAACACCUCACCCAUCCCGAAUAUACAAGUGUAAGAACCAACUAUGAAAAUACAAAGUACAAUUAUGUUUUCAAUAAAACUGGAGAAUUGUAUUAUCAGAAUAUCUGUACAAAAGGGUACAGAUAUUAGCCUAGAGAACUGGGCUAAAGUUUAUUAAAGAGAAUAUUUGAUUGACCUAGUAAGGAUAUGUGAGACAGAUUAUUUCACUUCUGUGCCUCACCUUACAUUCUCUACGGAUAUUAACUGUUAAUGAUCACCCUCUAUUAUCCUGAGUUUCAGGUCUUAUCUCCCAUGAUUCUCAAUAAUCACUUGUUUCAGCCAACUGGAACCCCAUAAAGCCCCAAAGGAUUAAUAAACACCAAAUUAGAUCAUCUUGCUAUUCGAUGUUAGCUGAACACCAAAUUCAAUCCAAAAUGGGUUGAGUACCAAGACCCAUCAAGCAUAAAUCUCCCUACAAAAGGGGCACCUAGUUUAUUUCCCUUCCAAAAGACCAACUGCAACCAAAUGAAGUGACCAUAACUUCAAGAUUUUAUUAUCAUAAUAAAACAAAAGACAAAGCUUAGAACUGGAUCACUUGGCCCUGUAAUAGAACAGAAAAAAAGGUCAGUUUUUUUUUUGCAAAGAACCUCUACCCCUCCAAAAACAAUGUCUUUUUCCAAAAGGGAUCACCACCCUUUAAUUAAGGGAAGUCUUCUCAUUCUUCCUUCCCUACUUAAGCCAAAGCUAGCACCAAGAUCCUUAUACUUCGGGUUUGGAUCUAUAGUUACUUUUAGAGCAGAAUGCCCCUGGAUCUCUAUGCCACAAUAAGAGAAAUGUUCACCUCUUCAAAUAUAUUAAAAGCUAUGU